AAUCAUUGUCAAUACGUGUUAAUUGGUAUUACGUACUAUUUCGCUUUGAACUCAAAAUAAUAUUUUCGUUUCUUAAAGCCUUUUUCAUCGGUAAUUGUUUUUUAUUUAAAAAAGCAAUGUCUCUAGGGCCGGGUCCAAUUCCUAAUCGAUGGCUUAACUGUCCGCGUAAGUCGGAAACAUUGAUAGCAGAUAAAUUUCUGGCCUUCAAAACACCGCUCAAAGAAGAAUUUGAAUCACAGAUGCCCGUUGAGUGCUGUUUUACGCCAGAUAUGUUAUUCCAAGUGAUGAAAACAUAUAAGGUAAAAAUAGGUCUAUGGAUAGAUCUAACAAAUACAAAUCGUUUCUACGAUAGAAAAGAAAUUGAAGAUAAUGGAUGCAAAUAUGUGAAACUACAAUGCCGUGGACAUGGAGAGACGCCAACUCAAGAGCAAACGAAUGCAUUUAUUGAAAUCGUUGAUGAAUUUAGUAGAGAUCAUCCAUUAGAAAUCGUUGGAGUACACUGUACACAUGGUUUCAAUCGAACGGGUUUUCUCCUAGUUUCUUAUAUGGUCGAGAAAACCGAUUGUUCGGUAGAAGCAGCUUUAGCUGCAUUUGCUAAGGCACGUCCACCUGGUAUUUAUAAGCAAGAUUACAUACAGGAAUUGUUCCGACGUUAUGAGGAAGAGGAAGAUGCAAUUGCCGCCCCACCACUGCCAAAUUGGUGCCAGCAAUUCGAUGAAACUCAUAGUAACGGACAAAGUUCCAGAGAACUUCCAAACAAUACAUGUGAUACAUUUGUAAGUGACAACAGAUCAGUCGGUGAGCUAAAAGAAGGAGAAAUAAGUAGAGCAGGAGCUAAAAAACGACUGAACGGUGAAAGCGGUAGUGGCGAUGUUAACGCGGGCAGUAACAAGCGAAGGAAAAUUAAGAAGGAGUUCGUUAAUAAGAACGCUAGGUUUAUGGACGGCAUUCGUGGUGUAACACACGUACACGAUCAACCUCGACUCGGACAGCUGCAAGAACUUGCACAAAAUAUGUGUGGAUGGAAGUCCUCUGGAUUUCCCGGCAGUCAACCAGUGUCAAUGGACAACAAUAAUCUCAAUUUACUUCACUCUAAGCCGUAUAAGGUUUCAUGGAAGGCGGAUGGCACGCGGUAUAUGAUGUUAAUAGUCAAAGAAAAAGAAAUUUAUUUUCUCGAUCGUGAUAACUCGUGCUUUGCUGUCGAUGGGAUCACCUUUCCCCACUAUACGGAUUUGCACAAACAUUUAACAAAUACUUUAUUGGACGGGGAGAUGGUGAUGGAUCUGGUGGACGGCGUAAAAAAACCUCGAUACUUAGUAUACGAUAUUAUUAGAUAUGAAGAUGACGACAUUGGAAAAAAAUCUUUUUACCCGGAUCGCCUAAGCUACAUCGAACGACGAAUUAUAGCUCCCCGAACAGAAGCUAUGAAGCGAGGUUUGAUUGAUCAACAUCGUCAACCAUUCAGUAUAAGAAAUAAAGCCUUUUGGGAUAUAACUCAGGCAGGUGCAUUGCUGGGUCCUAAAUUCGCUAAAUCACUCGCUCAUGAACCUGAUGGAUUGAUUUUCCAACCAGCUAAGGAGCCAUAUGUUGCUGGUGUGUGUUCUGAAGUACUCAAAUGGAAACCAUCAACAUUAAACUCUGUAGAUUUCAAAUUGAAAAUUGCAGAAGAAAAUGGUGUUGGUAUGCUACGAAGGAAAAUUGGACUAUUGUUCGUGGGAGGAGUUGAUAAACCUUUUGAUCAAAUCAAAUUGACGAAAGAACUUCGGGUACUUGACAACAAAAUAAUUGAAUGCAAAUAUGAAAAUAGAGGAUGGGUUCUAAUGCGCGAACGAACUGAUAAAUCGUUCCCGAACAGCUACAAUACGGCUAUAAGCGUAUGUAACAGUAUUCGUUUUCCUGUAACAACGGAAAUUUUACUGAAAUUCAUCGAAACUGAGCGAUACAGAGAUGACGGCUUUAGAGUUCCUUUACCACCCACUUUUCACGAGUAAUACGUACGUACGCAAAAUAACGAAUUAAAUUAAAAAUGCUUACAAAUCAA